AGUUUCCUGAUCCCGAGGAGACUUGGUUUGGGAGAGGAGCUGCACACUGACUUCAGCUGUACUCAGAAGAACAGACAGGUUCUCCUUCAAAGGGGGAGGGGGAGAGGAAAAGCCAUUUAUUUAUUCCUGAAAAGAAAGGAGGUAGGAAAUUGAAAAGCUAAUAUACAGCUAGACGUACGUACUUUAAAGAGAAGGAUGCUUUGGAAGAUUUUGCUGCUGCUGCUGUUCUAUUACAGUGCUCAUGCCACUGUGACCCACAGAUGGAGCAGAGCUAUGCUUUUCCCAGCUGCUCAGCGAUUCAAGAGGUCCUCAGCUGCCUUCCUUAAUCCAGUGCUACAAAACUCGCUGGAAGAUGUUGUCCUGCUUUAUGAGUUUCUUUUAGCUGAGCUUGACAUUGACAAAGUUCAGAGGAUCUCCAUCAAAGAUGAGGAGCUUGCUUCACUGAGGAAGGCUGCUGAGUUUGACAUCAUCUGCAAUGAGAUUAUCCCCAAGAGCAUCACAGAGAUCCGCAGGCUGAGUAGCAGGCUGUCUUCCUACCCACGGGUCCUCAAGAAAGAAGACUUUGAAAGGACAGUGCUGACCAUGGUCUACACAGCCUACAGGGCUGCUCAGUCCCAGGGGCACCAGAAAGACGCUUGGGCUGAAUCCUUUGUCAGUCUUUACAAAGCCCUGAAGCACGACUUGAUGUUCCCAUACAACGAAGAGCCAUCAUAGUGGGAGACUUGAUGCAACGGCCACUCAGCCACCUCUUCUGGUUGAUAAGGGACACACAGCACAUCCACCACUUUAUUCUAUAAAGAGUUUAAUAGCCUGCUUCAUGAAAUAUUAUUUGUUUUCUAGCUCCCUCUUGUGGAAUCCACUUUAUAGUUCCAUGUUAAGUGGGGAAAAAUUGUUAUCUUCAGUCCCGGGAAUUCCUUUUUUGUGCUGGGUUGGAGGCACACUCUGUGACAGGCAAAGAAGGGAAUCUGGUGUACACCCCAAACAGCUAUGCCCUUGUUUUGUCCUGUGGGUUUCCUAUAAAGAAUAUAUAAGUAUACUAGGCUUAUGUUCACAUACCUAUGUGUAUGUGCUGGAGAGUGCUGCUUUCCUAGCUGAGGAAACAAGUUCAUAUUUUGGCUGACCAGUAAAAGAAUACUAUAAAGAGAUGCAAAGGCCCUCUGUAAAAGAAAGGGGAUUCAUAACUGUCAGCCUUCAGAAAUUAUGCCAAAUAUAUUCAUUCCAAAUAUUCUUGCAAAUAAGCACUAUCUGAUUCACUUCAUUUGGCUGAACCAGUUUUUAAUCACAAUAACAUUUGCAGAAGACAAAGGGCAUUGUGAACACCAGCAGCAAACAAUGCCUGUGAACAUAUUCCCCACUUCCCAGAGCUGCCCUCCCAAACAAUCUGCAAUGAUUCUAUCAUUGUUUGCACAUGACUUUUUGCUUCUGCUCCUUGGUUUUUUGAAGGGAAGUGGAGUCAAAGGCAAGACAAAGGCCCUGUUUAAUUUAAUGAUGACACAUUUUUCCUGGUUCUAUCACUUGAACGUAGGUCGUCCAACCCACGCUUCAGAAUCGCCCUGAAGCAAGGGAGGAAGGUGCAUUAAAACAUAUCUGGUGCUGAAUUUAAGUGUGGCUCAUUUUCAGUUUUGAUGGUAAAUUAUAUAUUCACUUGUGUAUACGUGUGUGUAUGUUCAUGGAUGUGUGUGCACAUAAGUGCUGAGUACAUGGAAGAAUCCUAAAUUGUUCAGUCAGGGAACGAUUGCAUCUGACCACUUAACAGAAAAGGCCAUUCACCAAUCUAGGGGUGGGAAUUAUGACUUUGGGAGCAGUGGAAAAGCAGUACUUAUUUACGGCAAAAUUUUUUGUAGAAAUAUUGCAACUGAUUAUUAUAAAUGGCAAAAAAAAAAAAAAUCAUGGACAGAAAAUGGACAGGAAAAGGAGAUAUAUCUUGUCAGACAAAUGACUAGCAAUGAAAAAUCUAACCUUUUCUAAAGCAAAUCCCCUAAUUUUUGUGAACAAGUUAAACAAACUCUGUUUCUCUAUUGAUAUUAGAGGUGCUUCUACUGCCAGAGCAUGGGAAAACAGCUGAACAAUGAUUUAAUCCUUUCAUACCAGCACUCUCUAUCUCUUUGUUUGCAUAAUAUCUUAAGGAGACAGCCCCAAAUCACAAAUCCCUGAGGCUGUAAAAGAGUACUGGGGACACCAACCCCUGUUCUGAACCAUGUUUAUCUGCUUCUGCAUCACUUGGGCAAAAUGAAUAAACUCUUCUGUGUCCCUUGACAGAGAUGCUCCAAGGACUGGAGUUGAAAAAAAAUCCAUCCAGCACCACUUUGUUGCAGCAAACAGCAAACAGUGCAAGCAGUCAGAGCACACUGGGUUUGGCAAUCACCCGUGGGAGUGUGAACCCACAGCAGCCUUAGAGACAGGCUGGCAAUGGCAAAAGCAGUUGGACAAAGGGCUUAUAAAAGACAGUCAGUCCUGUUUCUCCCAGUAGUUUCUAUAUGUACAUGCAUGAGUGUGCGUAUUUGCAUUUAGAUGCAUGUAUGUGUAGGUGCGCUUUUAUACCUGAAUAUUGUUGGCCAUCUUCAAAGCCUGGCUGGCAUAUGGCAAAGGAAACUGAAAAUCUCAACCACAAAGCUAUGAGCCACGAGUAUCUCUGUCUCCUCUACUUGCACACACAGCUCAGCGCCCAGAAAGCAGCCUUACGCUACAGUCCACAUGCCUUUUAAGCCUUCAGCAUAAACACUGAUGAUCUGUUUGUGUUUUUUACCCACGCCAUGCUUUAUAAACACAUGGAGGAGAAAUGCUGUGGAGCAUGCUCCUGCCUUUCCAGCUCUGCUUCUUCUUGGCUCCCUGAAGCACCACUUGCUGGAAGAGCCUGGAACCAGGGCAACUCGUAAAUCCCUUACAGUCAGUGACUCCAAGUUUGCAAAGAUAACAAGAAAGAGCUCCACAGCAUGUAUUAAUUAGUAGUAAUCACCAUCCAGAGAAAUACCUCCCAGCCACUCUCCUGACCCCACAAUAGGACUGUCCAGAAAUCAGAGUUUACUCAUCAAUAAGUAUCCCAUGGAAAAGAAUUACAGAUAGUUUUGAAUAUCCAAUCAUUCCGUGUGGCAUACAUACCUUCCUGUACCUUACAAAUUCGUAAUUGAAAUCUUUACCUCCCUAACAGAAAAUAAAGCCUUUCUGAGUUUCUUUCCCUCCUCCCAUUACUAUGUGUAGUGUAGGAAAAGAGAUUUAUUCCUUGGGAAUGUGCUUGGACUGCCCAGGUUAAUUUAACAGAGACUGUCAAUGUAAUAAUAAAAAUAAUCUACGUAAAA